ACACAUUUGCGAGUAGGGUGAAGCAUGCAGAGCGAUAGUGAUGCAGAUGUAGAGACGGUGAAGACACCGAGUAUGUGACGCUAGACUCGCCGCCGCCUUCCUCCGCUGGUGCGCGCAGCAUGGCAAGUGUUUGUGGCAUUCGAUUUCAUGACGGGUCUCGUGGUCUUGCGUAGUAUCGGGGCGGCUGCAGCUUGGGACGGCGCCCCGCGGGUCACAGGCCAGUCGCAGAAUGUUGCUCUCGGCCGUAGGGCAUUGUCAGUUGCGCAAGCUGCAGCUGGCCACGGCGAUCGCCGCGGCGGCGCUGGCGGCGGCGGCGCUGGCCACCCCCAACCGGGCCCCAGCUCCCUGCUCGGCCGCGGCGGCAGCCUCAGCCGCGGCGGUGUGGGCGGCAUGGGCUUCCAGGGCGGCGACCGCGGCGGUGGCGAUCGCCGCGGCGGCGCUGGCAGCGGCGGCGCUGGCCACCCCCACCCAGGUGCGCCCCAGCUCCCUGCUCGGCCGCGGCGGCAGCCUCAGCCGCGGCGGUGUGGGCGGCAUGGGCUUCCAGGGCGGCGACCGCGGCGGUGGCGCUGGUGGCGGCGGUGCUGGCAGCGGCGGCGCUGGCCACCCCCACCCAGGCCCCAGCUCCCUGCUCGGCCGCGGCGGCAGCCUCAGCCGCGGCGGUGUGGGCGGCAUGGGCUUCCAGGGCGGCGACCGCGGCGGUGGCGCUGGUGGCGGCGGUGCUGGCAGCGGCGGCGCUGGCCACCCCCACCCAGGCCCCAGCUCACUGCUCGGCCGCGGCGGCAGCCUCAGCCGCGGCGGUGUGGGCGGCAUGGGCUUCCAGGGCGGCGACCGCGGCGGUGGCGAUCGCUGCGGCGGUGCUGGCAGCGGCGGCGCUGGCCACCCCCACCCAGGCCCCAGCUCCCUGCUCGGCUCCAGUGGCCGCGGUGGUGGUGACUUCAGCGAUGAGCGGCUGCUCCAGCUGAUUGACAUGGCAGCCGUCGAUGUCAUCUUGCAGAACGACAACCGAGCCCACGAUGAAUCAGGCCCCAGCUCCCUGCUCGGCCGCGGCGGCAGCCUCAGCCGCGGCGGUGUGGGCGGCAUGGGCUUCCAGGGCGGCGACCGCGGCGGUGGCGAUCGCCGCGGCGGCGCUGGCAGCGGCGGCGCUGGCCACCCCCACCCAGGCCCCAGCUCCCUGCUCGGCCGCAGCGGCAGCCUCAGCCGUGGCGGUGUGGGCGGCAUGGGCUUCCAGGGCGGCGACCGCGGCGGUGGCGAUCGCCGCGGCGGUGCUGGCAGCGGCGGCGCUGGCCACCCCCACCCAGGCCCCAGCUCCCUGCUCGGCCGCGGCGGCAGCCUCAGCCGCGGCGGUGUGGGCGGCAUGGGCUUCCAGGGCGGCGAUCGCGGCGGUGGCGAUCGCCGCGGUGGCGGCGCUGGCUACCCCCAACCGGCCCGGGUGGCCAUGUGCAGCAGGAUCAACCCAAAUCGCCAGCGCCUCUUGUGCCUCCGCCAGCGCCUGCUCAGCCUGCUGAACCUGGGCGGCAGCGGCAGCGUCAGCGGCAGCGGCAGCGACAGCGGCAGCAGCAGCAGCGGCCGAAUUGCCCGAAGAUGGGCCCGGGCCUGCAGCAGCGGCCUCGGCGGCCGCAGCGGCCUCAUCAGCUUCCAGGACAGCCACCGCAUGGGCGGCAGCGGCAGCGUCAUGAGCUGCAGCAGCGGCCUGUACGACACCGUGCAGUGCACCGUCGCCACCCACAGGCUGGCUCCAUGCGCCGGCACCGCUGAGCUGCGCGCCCCUGCCGCCGCCACCAGCGCCGCCGCCGCCAGCACUGCCGCCGCCGCCACGCGCUUCUCGAAGCUGGCCAGCCAGUCACCGGCGUCGGAGCUGGGGCAGCUGCCCGUGUACGUGACGGGCCGCACAGGCCAUAGGGCCGGGUACCUGAAGUCACCCGACUCGCCGCACUCGCUGAGCCCCCCAUUCUACUCCGAGGCCAGGUGAUGAAGAUGUAGAGGCCGUGGACUUGUGGGAACCACGAGAGGAUGCCAGGGGCGGGUUCGUGCUCCUCAAUACGAACGCGGGUUCAGUGUAUUAAAUUGCACCUAGAUGCUAGACUCUGGCGUUCGACCAGCCGUUGCAAAUUGUUUGCCAUCUUCUGGGGUCUGGGAAUUAGCUGUCACCCUGCGGGACUUCACCAACCUGCCUUAACACUGUCCAAUCACACACCUGUUAUUGACGAGUGUUGCGGAACUAAUGCGUACGUAGACCAGAGCGGAAGGCGGAGUGGGCUUGCAGGCGGCAUGAGAGUAGGCAGUCAGUAGCGCAAGUUGCGAAUUCACAUGUUACCUCGUAACCGACGGUAAACGCUGUGGACGGUCGCGCCCAUGGCUGGCUGACGGAAGGUGGCUGCUGUAUUGGGAUGGCUGGGCUGGACGACGCCGGCCGGGCUGGCGUUGGGACUACCAGAAAGGAUGCGCCCGAAACCAACCUGGAGAACACCAGCGCCACCGGUGCCCAGCACGACAUGUAAGGGAGGGAGGAGGGAGGGACAGGAGGCGUGAUGCACUGCAGCGUAGAAGCUAUGGCGCUAGGCGCGAGGCAAGCAACGUCAACCCCAAAGCAACCGCGAGGACAUGGUGCGCAAGCCGGGCUGCAGGCUGUGGCUGUUAUGGCUGCGCGCUGCGCGGGGUGACUAAACGAAGAACACUAAGUACGGGGACGGGAUGGAUGCGGUUAAUAAAUGAGCAAGGGCGCCGGGCGGCCGAGGAAGUAACGACAGCGCGAUCGCUGCAUGGCUCAUCCCGGUCGCACUGCGGUCGGCAUGGGCGCGUGCGGUGCAUGCCGUGCGACACCAGGAAGCCACAAGCAGCCAACGCAAACGAAUCCUCCGCAGGGGCGGCAAGGGACGCAAGCAUACGCAGACAAGGAGGCAAGGGGUGCAGACAGCAAGGAUGCUAGACGGCUGUCCGGAGGGUGCGUUCCAGCCUGCUUUGCACGGUCGUCGGGUCGACUUCGGCGUUCUCUGAGUGUUACUUUGUACCAUAUACACCACAAGUACUCAGUUUGCGGCCUGAUUGAUGAUGCCGCGCGGUCAACAUGCAACACAUGUUCCUGCGCAAACAGCGAGAUUUGAUUUCAAUUUCGAUUGCCGUGAUAUACUCUAGGCAUUAAGAGACAAAUUAAAAGCUCCCGGGCUUACGAGCGCGACUCUAUCUGGCGAACGCUUGCCCCGCGUGACAGCCAUCCUGCAAAACGCGGCGGGAGCCAGAAUAUAGCAUCCUUAUAUGUCACAUAAGUUAAAGCUUGAGCACGGACGGCUAGACCUGCACGUGCGCAAAGAAGCACGUGUGGACACGUUCUUGCCCCUGGUUGUCAGCGCGUGUGGGUCCAACCCGCGCCACCGGUCCGCUGCAAGUCCCGGCCCCAGCGCGCCAGGCUGUUCCCUGAGGACGGAUGAAGGAGGGAGGGAAGGGGGGGAGAAGGGGAGCCUGUGGGCAUCAGCACAUAUCCUGCUGCGAUGGCUCCGCGGCUGCGAAGUGCUGCAACCAUGUACACUACAUGAUACAUCGGUAGUUGAGCUGGUGCAGCCUGAGCACCAACGCGCGUCAGGUAUGCCAAAGUUUGCCCCACAGCUUGUAUGGGGCAAGUCUGGAGUUCCGAGAGCUCAGAGUCUGGACUUGCUGGGCUGGAACCACCCCUGGCUGGAACACACACACAUCCUGCAUGUUCUGCACCUGCGCCUUCCGGGCCCAGCAGGAGUGUGGGGCUUCCUACACUUGUACCUAACAGAGCACUUGCACGGAGCGCACAUGGUUGCAGUUGCCUGGCCGUCCUAACGUGUCCUA